AUUGGACUAAAUCUUUUUCUUAAUCAUAUUCCCACAUUCUAUUGAGUAGAUAAUGAGGAAUUCCUUUUCCACUCUUGAUGUGACCUUAUGAUUGAACUUGGGAUCAUCGUUAACUCCGAUUCACUAUUGUUUAUGAUCACAAAUACCCCUCUUGAGUUCAAUUAGAUGGUUUAAAUGUCUAUGGUGAAAAGAUUCUUCUUUCACCAUAUAUCCAUAUGCUUGAAAGUGAGCUGUUGCUUCCAGAUGCACCAUUAUAUAUAUGCUUUUGUAUUUAUGGUUAGUUGGGGGGAGCUUUUCCCAAUUUCUCUACUCUAGAUCUCCAAUCAAUGGAGACAUACCUGAAAUUAAUUCAAACCAGUAAAACAAAGCAGAGCUAAAAAAAAAUAAUAUAAGAUAGUGUCACCAAGUCAAACUCGCACCAACCCACAAAGGAGGAAUCACCAAUUCACCAUUACAUCUCCCCCACCCCCAAUCUUACUUCCUCUGUUCUUAUUCUCUCCUCCCCUGUUUUCCUUGAUCUGUUCUUCCCAGAUGAGUUACACUUUCAGUGAUAGGGAUUCCUUCCCUGAAUUGAUGAACACCACCCUCUUCUUCCUCCUCCUCCUCCUCUUCACUGCUGUAGCCCAAGAAGCCAAAUCAGUAGACCCAAAAUUCGAAGCUUGCGAACCUCGAAGCUGCGGCUAUGGUCCAAACGUAAGUUAUCCGUUCUGGAUUCCUCUCAUGCAGCAUAACUACUGCGGCCACCCAGACUACGAGGUAACCUGCUUGGAAAACCAAAACCAAAACCAACCAGCCCUUUUGAUUUCUGAAGCCUAUUACCUCAUCAGAGACAUCUCCUAUGCUAACCAUUCGCUUAUGGUGGUGAACACCGAAGAAGAGUCGAAUAGUUGCUCUGUUCCUCUGCAAAAUUUCACCAUCAAGAACACUCCUUUCGAGUUCGACCACAUACCCGUUAAUCUCUUCUUCUUCUAUAACUGCACAAGAUCUGUCGUCUUGGGUUAUCAAUCAUUCCAGCUUAAUUGUUCGAGCAGUGUUACUGGGAAUCGCUCGUAUGUCUUGUUUGAACACGAUUUGGAAUUGCCGGACCUGAAUUAUACUCUUCAGACCUGCAAGUCCACAGUGAGUGCGCCGGUAUACACGAAUGGUCUGAGUUUGGGAGAUUUACAAGGGAUGAACUACUCGACUUUGAUGAAUAGAGGGUUUCUGUUAGAAUGGACUGAGAAUGUUAAUUGCAGUCGAUGCGAAGCAAGCGGUGGCCGCUGUGGGUAUUACGAGAAACAGUUGUUGUGCCUUUGCCCCAAUGGACCCAAUGGGCAAACCUGCACAGGGGGCAUGUCUUUGGGAACGAAGUUUGCAAUAGCCGCUGCCUGUUUUGUGGUGCUACUUGUUUUCUCAUUCCUGGUCUACAUCAUCUACCGAAGACGUCGGCAUCCCAAGGAAGGCCUCUUCACCCCAUUUAGAAGCAGAAGCAGCUCCAUUUCUACAGGUCCUCUUUCUAGAAAAUACCUUUCCAAUGCCUCCAUGAAGGACCUUGAAAAGGGCAGCACCUACUUCGGAGUUCAUGUCUUCACUUAUGCUGAACUUGAAGAAGCAACUAACAACUUCAAUUCUAAUAAAGAACUUGGAGAUGGUGGCUUUGGUACUGUAUACCAUGGGAAACUCAGGGAUGGACGCGAGGUUGCAGUGAAGCGCCUUUAUGAAAACAAUUACAGACGUGUAGAACAGUUCAUGAAUGAAGUUGAGAUCCUUAACCGUUUACGCCAUCAGAACCUUGUCACUCUCUAUGGUUGCACCUCAAGACACAGCCGUGAACUCCUCCUUGUUUAUGAGUACAUUCCUAAUGGUACUGUGGCUGAUCAUCUUCAUGGUGACAGAGCAGAAGCAGGGUCACUUACUUGGCCUACCAGGAUGAGCAUUGCCAUAGAGACCGCAAGUGCACUGGCCUACCUCCAUGCUUCUGAUGUUAUACACCGUGAUGUGAAGACCACCAACAUCCUCCUUGACAGCAAUUUUGGUGUAAAAGUUGCAGAUUUUGGGCUCUCCCGUCUCUUCCCAAAUGAUGUGACUCAUGUCUCAACUGCUCCUCAGGGGACUCCAGGGUAUGUUGAUCCUGAGUAUCACCAAUGCUACCAGCUUACAGAUAAGAGUGAUGUAUAUAGCUUUGGGGUUGUCUUGGUUGAGCUCAUAUCAUCAAAGCCUGCUGUAGAUAUGAAUAGGCAUCAUAAUGAGAUAAAUUUGGCUAACAUGGCUAUCAGCAAGAUCCAAAAUCAAGCUUUGCAUGAGUUGGUUGAUACAUCUCUUGGGUAUGAAUCAGAUUAUGCAGUAAAGAUGAUGACAACAUCUGUGGCAGAGUUGGCAUUUCGCUGUCUGCAACUUGAGAAGGAGAUGAGGCCUUCCAUGGAUGAGGUGUUGGAAACUUUGAAGGGAAUUGACAAGGAGGACUAUAAGGUGGAGAAGGCAGAUUUAGUUAUCCAGAAAGACAAUGUAGGGUUGUUGAAGAGUAUUGACCCUCCAUUUUCGCCGGAUUCUGUGACCGACAAGUGGGUCAGCCGAUCCACAACACCGAACACCAGUGCCUAGGUUUAAUUACCCUUCAUAUUAUGCAUUCAAGACUUCAAGUACAUGGGAGAAGAGUAUGUUUUACUGUCAUAAUCAGAUUCAAAUUAGUUAUAUUUGUAAGUUUAGCUUCUGCUUGUGUUUUUUGUUAUGCUGUUGUCAAGGUUGCAGUAGUAACAUCACUGGUAGCAGUAUUAUGUCUUGAGGGCGUUGUACAUGGUUAAAGGAGUAUAUGUACCAUUUCUAAUUACCUUGAUAUGCAACAAAUCUUGGAAGUGUUUUCUGAUCA